AUGAAACAAUCGGUUCGUUUCAAUACUACAGAGGACGACGACGAUCAAGGUGAACAUGAACGAAACGUCAAACAUUCUAACUUUAAAUCGUCGUCACGCUCAAAUAGCGCUAGUAAUAGUAAUGGCAAAGUUUCUCACCGUUCAUUCCAUGGAAAAACAUUUAAAGUGCACGGAUUUGAAGGCGAAAAAAGAGAUAAUUUAGAAAAUUUUAUAGAAGAGCAUGGCGGUACUGUGUUGGAUACCGUUGACGAGCAAACUUCGUAUGUGGUCACGUCAAAAACUCAAAUGGAAACAAAUUCCCCAGAAUACGAAGAAUUAAUUGGGUAUAACAGCAACGCCAAAAUUGUCGACGAUAAAUUUGUAUAUAAUAAAGUAUAUGUAAAAUACAAAAGUGGGUCUCCAAGUGUCCGAAACAGACGAGGAAGCUACGACCAAGAAGGGGAAGAUGUCGUCGAAGGCGACGAAGAAGAUGAGGGUAUACAACAACGCAGGUCUCGUUUUUCUAAUGGUAAUAAUCGAAAAUCAAGAAGAAAUGGUAAUCAGAAAAAUACGGGAAGUCAUUCAAAGAAAAGGUUUCCGAAAUCAGGGAAUUAUCGUGAUAAUUAUUUUGCGCGUAAUGGGUUAGAUCGUGAGGAUGAGGAAGGAAAAGAUGACGAGGAGGGCGAAUACUUUCCUAGGCGCACAAAAAAACAAUGGGAGGAUGAGUCGGCAUCAGGAUCUGAUGAUUCUGAAAAUAUCCAGGCGCCUGGUUAUUCUAUGGGCAAUGAACCGGAAGUUGAUAACAACGAAUACUUUGAUAAUCUUUUUGCUAGCGAUGCUAGUUUAACAGGUGACGCGAAAAAAGAACGUAUCGCUUGGCAGAGCAUGUUGUCGUCUGUGCUCACCGGGGAGGUAAUCAAAUCAGAAAAAAGGCGUCUUUCCGGCUCGAAUUCAGAACAAGCCGCAAACACAAACUACCAAAUAUGGCUUGGCGUACGUGCAAUCACGCGAUGUCAUUUGGUUACUGAAGAAAAAUCUAUUGUGGAACAGAUGCGACAGAAUAUUGAUGAGGUUCUUCAGGAAGUAAUCGAUUUCGCGGUGAAACCUGGACAUGUGCCGGCUUUGGAUCAAGUAAAGGAAAUUUUGGAAAGAGUGCGUCGAUGCGAGACUUUGUAUCCCUCGCGUAGGGCAAUGAUGAAUGACAAACCACUGUAUAAGUCAAAAGAAUGUCAAUAUAGUUUGGACGCGCUCAAUUCCUGGCUCACAAUUACAGAAAGUUUGCAGACACAACUAAAAAUUCUGCAAAAUUGGACUGGAAGUGAAACGCUUGAAAUAGCUCGACCAAAGGAUGCACCUGCUAAUGCUGAAAACUCAUCUUUCAUAGAGAGAAUCCUAAAAGAAAACGGAUUGAAACGUACGUUUGAUAAACAGACACUUUAUACUUUACAUUCACUAUUAGCCAAAGCCAAGCUUGUCAUGAUCGACAACGCCAACGCGUUUGCCAAAAUGAAUCUCCCUCCAUAUAGAGACGAACUACAAAAACUAUUAAACUUCCCCACAAAGCUUAUGGAAGAAUGUAUGAAAUUGCUACUUGAAUAUCCUACACUAACAGAACCAACUAUUUUGAUGAUUGAACAACAAAUGGAGGAUUUUCGAGUAUCACUUGAGCUCGCUUGUAAAAUAAAACAUCAAUAUCUGGAACUUAUUAAACCGGCACCUGGGUGGGAAAUUCCACCUUGCAUCGAUGAGAAUUAUAAUUUUGUAUUACUGAAUUUACUACAGUUCUAUUUUAAAUUGUUGCAAUGGAAGCUUAAGGAUGGCGCAAAAACCCUCUUCUUUAAGGAAGCUGAAAUUCUAGAAUACGAAUGGUCUUUUCUUAGUGAAAUAUGUCAGCAAAUUGGCGGUGGCGAUUCUGUGACAGCAGAACAAGUAUGUUCAUUAACUAGAACACUACUUCUGAGUGUCAUGAAAUACUUUGAAUCGCAAUUAACUCUUCCCGCUAAGUUGGAUGCAAACGAUAUCACAAAACGGUACAACAAAAUUUUGGAAACUGUACGAUUGAGGGCGCGUAAAAUAUUACGAUUCACAAAAUUUCUAUUUGGAAAUUUAGAAAAUUCCGCGGAUUACUUUAUCGAUGACGCUAAUUAUCCGGCCUUCAUUGAAGCUCUGGAGCGUUCAAAUCAUGUGUUAGUCUAUCCGGACACUUUUGAAGAGAACGGUGUAUGUAUAGUUGUUGAUCCGUCGCUGGAAUGUCAACCAGAAAUGAUUAGAAAAUUGCUUAAAGCUGUCUUCCCACUAUAUGAAAAACAACCAGAUAAUCAUGACGAGGAAUUAGAAGAUUUAAAGUAUCUUUUGAUUCUGUCGCCAAGAGUGCCAUUUGAAUGGAACGGUCCUUACGUGAACAUAUCAUUGGAAGGCAUCAAUAUCGAGUUAAAAAACCAUCGUACAAGGCUAGUAGCGGAUGCUGCUUACCCUCGUCUUCAAGCAUGCAGACAAAAAUUCAGAACAGCUGUUGAAGGAGUCGAAAUUCAAUGCGUGUCUGAAUCGCGUGCCAAUGUACAAAGCGUCAAUCGCGAAAUGCAAAGAAUCAAGAAAACCAUCAAUAGUUUUGUCACUUAUAUAAUCGAAAGCGUCAGUCAUAUUCGUGAGAUUAUGAAGAAUAUUGAAUGCCAAGAACUGAUUGAAAACUUUUUCAGUUUUGCUGCGGAAUUCGGUCAAAGAUGCAUGCGUUAUAUGCAUCAUCACAAAGCUCGGAAUGAGCUCAAUAUAAAGCUUAAUCAGUUAGCGAUCGAUUGGGUUAGCUUUAUUUGUGAUGAUUGUGAGCCAACCGAUCGAAAAACAUUUCGAUGGGCUGUAAUUGCUUUGGAAUUUGCUAUGGCGACAAAUCGUGGCUUUAAUAUUCUGGGUCUUGAAGAAUCUGACUUUUCUAUGCUACGAAGCAAAGUGUCAAUCUGCAUGACAUUGCUUAUUUCGCAUUUUGACAUUCUCGGUGCUCGUUCAACACACGAAACUCAAGAACGGCAGCGACAAGAAGCAGCCGUCAGAAUUGGCAUGCCAAAAUACUCUUUACAAGAUUACGAUAAAGAUUCCAAACUCGACGGCGAGGAAGCAUUAAUAGCACGUGAUGAAUGGAUAGCCAGUCUAAAAAGGCUCGAGGCUGAACUAGCGAAAAAAAAACUGGAUCAAGGACUAGUCGGCAAAGUACUCGAUGACAAUCAACCUGAAAAUAAACAACUUGUAUUUCUUGCGUCAUCCAGCACGAAUAUUAGUCUUCGGUGGCAGCAGGGUAAAUUUUUAGGCGGUGGAACUUUUGGAUCGGUGUACGUGGCCACAAACAUGGAUUCUGGCGAAGUUAUGGCUGUCAAGGAAAUUCGUUUUCAAGACCCGUCUUCGUUGUCGACACUGGUAAAGUCGGUCAAGGAAGAAAUGUCUGUCAUGGAGUUGCUUAAUCAUCCAAAUAUCGUUAGUUAUUAUGGAAUCGAAGUACAUCGUGAUAGAGUUUAUAUAUUUAUGGAGUAUUGUCAAGGUGGAUCGUUGGGUUCCUUGCUUGAACAUGGUCGUAUAGAGGCUGAGUAUUGGAUACAGUUUUACACUUAUCAAAUGUUGUUGGGAUUAAUAUAUUUGCACGAGAAUAAUAUUGUCCAUAGGGAUAUAAAACCGGAUAACAUAUUACUUGAUCACGAAGGUAAUAUAAAGUUUGUAGACUUUGGCGCGGCUAAAAUCCUCGCAAAAAAUCAAAAGACUUUGGGUCGGACGAUUGUACAUCAAAAAACACAUGUACACAGUCUUACGGGAACCCCAAUGUACAUGGCACCAGAAAUCAUCACAGGCGAAGAAAAAGGCCGAAAAGGUUCAAUGGACAUCUGGUCAUUAGGAUGUUGUGUGCUCGAGAUGGCAACCGGCCGACGUCCAUGGUCAAACCUCGAUAACGAAUGGGCAGUAAUGUACCACGUAGUGACUGGCCACCCGCCACUUCCCGAUCCAUCUCAAUUAUCCGAACUAGGAAUGGACUUUUUAAAGAAAUGUUUUACGCGAUCGUCUGCUGAACGCCCAACUGCCAGAGAACUGUUGGAGCACUCGUGGAUACAAGAACAACUAGAGACUCGAGGUGACGAGAGUGUUUCGACUGAUUGGACGCCAAUGUCUAGUGAUGCACCAAGUAGCAAUGGCACUACAAUAUCAAAUACAACUGGCACCAGCGAUUCGGGUCCUUAUUUUGCGUCGACGAAUAUGACACCUGAUGAUGAAACGUUAGUCGAAAGUGAUAGAGAGCAAGGACCGAAAACUUUAAAUAUCAAAAAUGAUGAUAGGUCAUCAUCACCUAAUAAUGACUUGGUGGAAAGUGACACGAAGAUAGUUAAAGUUGUUGUUAAUCAAUAUUUAUAA